AUGGCCACUCGACAUCCCAAUGUGGUUCCAUUGAUCCGUAUUAUGGAUUCGCCCAACUGCACAUACGUUGUUAUGGAGUUUUAUCCGGAGGGUGACCUGUUUCAUGGUAUCACUCAGAAGGGAAUGUAUGUUGGGAAUGAUACAUUGAUCAAGCUAGUCUUCGUUCAAAUUCUGGAUGCCGUUCACCAGUGCCAUGAGCUUGGGGUCUACCACUUCAAUAUCCAACCAGAGCACAUAUCUGUCGCGGAUCAAGGAAAUACUCUCAAGCUAUCUAGUUUCGAGCUUGCUACCGCAAGUCCUUACUCAGUGGCAUUCAACUAUAAGCGCAAAUUCUAUGCGUCUCCAGAAUCUUUGUCGUCGAAACCAAAUUCAGAAGUGUACGCCUCAGCUCCCCAUGAUAUCUGGAGCCUUGGCAUCAACCUUGUCAAUCUGAUAUGUGGCUGCAAUCCAUGGAAAUUGGCUUCCAUAGAGGAUUCCACGUAUCGGGCCUACUUAAAGGACCCGUAUUUCUUGAAAGCAAUCCUACCUCUGUCCGACGAGGCUAUUGUCAUCUUGAGCCGCAUCCUUGAAAACAAUCCCGACGAAAGAAUAUCUAUCCCAGAGCUUCGAGGUUUAAUUCUGGGCUGCCCCUGCUUUUCCACAGACUGGCGUGUGGUUUCUUCGGAACCAAAACCUGUGUCUACACUUGAUACUAUGGGCUCUCCGGGGGUUGGCGACAGGGUUGGGCGAUCCGUCAAAGGCACGUUCCGAAGGUCUCUCAAAGACAAGUUCCAAAAACCUCUGUACGAAAGGAAGAAGCCAUGA